AUGCCCAUCAAGAUGGGCCUUACUUGUCCGUUUCCUUAUGGCAACAUGAAGGCCGUAACUCUGCCGUCCAGGCUGGCUGUGGUGGAUGGGGUCCCAGGGGCCAAGCUGGGUUGGGAGCCCCAGGGUCAAGAAGGCGAAGGGGGUGACGGCGACAUGCAAGGUGUCGUGCGAAGGCGUCGAGCUUGGUUGCGACGGGUUUUCGGCGACGAUAUCGAUGAGAACGGUGACGACGAUAAUUGGUACAAUCGUUCCCCCACGGAAGUUCCGCCGCCCCACGACAUGGAUGAAAUCUAUCAUUUCCGCAGCAAUGAACUACCUGAAAGAAUCCCUGAAAAGAUCCUGCAGCAGCAACAGCGGCUGCUCCAGCAGUUGAUGCAUAACCGCCAGGAACUCCGACAGCAGCAGGAACAGCUCCUACAGCAACCCCAGCUUCAGCACUUGCAGGGCACCCCCCUCAUUCCGCAGGAGGAGCUCCAAGAGCCACUGCUUCAGGUGCAGCUCCACCCGGUGGAGCAGCGGCAACAAAACCUUCGGCAACUCUUGCCACAGCUGCAGGCAGCAGAAGCGGCCCAAGAGCAGCCGCGACACAUGCUAAACUUGGGCAUUCGGACAAUAUUUGAGCGCGGCCCAGGCCCAUACUUGGACGGCGCCGGCGCCCCGCACCGGGGGGCCUCAGUCCACCGCGGCCUCGCCGACCCGGACCUGGAGGCUAACGAGCCCCUAGGGCGCGACCCCUUCGGACCCGGCCACCGCCGCAUACGUGGUGGCAUGGGCCCGCUGCUGGCGCCACCGCACGACCUGAUGCCUGACGCCGCCACUGGCAGCGCCGCUGCUGCUGCUGCCGCUGCUGCUGCCGCUGCUGGCACUGAGGCAGCCAUCGACGCCGACGCCGAGAUGGCCAUGGCCCUAGUCCUCGAAGAGGACAUGGAAGACGAUUUGGAGGACCUGCAGCAGCAGCAGCAGCAGCCUGAAUGGGAGCGAUGUCGCGGCAGCGGCGGUGAAAUCGGUGAAGCUGCCCCUCUACGGCUCUACGGCGGCGACCCUGCGGACCUGGAUCUGGCGCACGCGGUCCCGACCAACUCGAUUAGCGCGGUGAUGGAGAACUCCGACCUGCUGAAGACGGUGCUGAUGGAGCUUCAUGUGGUGGACCUGUGCCGGGUGGCCUGCGUCAGUCGGUUGUGGAUGCGGGUGGUGCACGACCCGACCUUCUGGCGCAGCGUCAACCUGCUGGGGCGGCCCGUGCUGCGGUUGUGUUAUCGGCAGCGUGGCGUCAUUCAGGAGCUGCGGCUGGGGGGCUCCAUGAUCACACCGAAUGGCAGCUCACUGCUGCAGCGCCUAGUGCCGCUGCUGGGCAGCCUGGCCACCUUGGAGCUUCAGCAGUGGAUCCUGACGGACCGGGCCCUGACGCACCUGUCCGGGGGGAUGCCCAACCUGAAGCAGCUGAUUCUGCGGGAAGUGCAGAUCGUGGGGGGACCUGGUGCGCAGGCCGACGCCUCUCUGUCCCACCCUCACGUGACCUCCCUGGACCUCUCCCGCUGCAAGUCCGGCCGCCUGGCCCUCAGCUGCCCGCAGCUGCUCCGCCUCUCCAUCUGCUACUCCCAGUUCACCGCCCUCGUCACCUCGCACGGCUCCCUGCCCUGCCUCGAGUACCUUCACCUCGCCUCCACGCAGCGACUCACCGACCAGAGCCUCCUCUCCGCCGUCACCUCGCUCCUCUCCCUCCGCCACCUCAUCCUUGAGGACGUGCCGGUUUCGGAGGAUCUCAUCCGCGGCGCCGCGCGCUCCCUGGAGCACCUGACCCAGCUGGAGAUCAAGGUCUGCAGUGGGCUGAUCCUGUCGGCGGCGCGGGGGCCCCCUGCGUUCGCCUCCCUGCGGCGCCUGGUUCUCCGCCGGUGCGAGUCCGUCUCCUCCACGACAACGGCCCUUCUGGUGGAGGGCUGUGUGGGCCUGGAUGAGCUGGAGCUGGAUGGGUGCGGCCAGCUGGUAACGCUGACAGCGACGUUGCCGGUGUUGCGCAGUUUGUCGUUGCGGGGUUGCCGGAUGCUGACGGUGUUGGAGCUGCGGUGCCGGCGGCUGGAGGAACUGCGGUUGGGCUCCCUGGAGCCGGGGGUUCCGGGGGGAGCGGCGCUGCGGCGGGUGCUGGUGGCGAGUGAUGCGCUGCGUGCCAUUGCCUGGCGGCAUCUGCCCUCCCUGGAGGAGCUGGUGCUGGACUGCCCCGCACUCACCUCGCUUAGCCUGACGGACUGUGACAGCCUCACGGAUAAGAUCUUUGACAUGCUCACGGACGUGCAGGAGGUCACCCUGGCACCCGCACCCGCACCCGGGGGCCCCACGGCGCCUGCAGUGGAGCCACCACCACCACCACAACAACAACAACAACAGCCGGUGCAUAUGUCUGUGCCGUCCCGGCAGCUACCUCCGCCCCCGCCGCCGCCUGAGCAGCCGCCUCACCCACAGCCGACCCAGGUGCAGGCCCAGGUGCCGGCGGCGCAACAGCCCCUGUCACAUCAGGCGCAUCCGGACCACCUGCUGGCCGCACAGCUGCAACGCCAACCGCAGCCGGCCAGACGGGACGUGUUUGGGUAUCGCGGCGCAGCGCCAAGACCGGUGCUCCGCGACCAGGAUGUUGGACCGGGUCGCUUCCGCCUCCGCCUGCGUGCCAUGAUGAGGGCGGAGCGGCCCCUCAGAGACAGAGACGGAGACGGAGACUGGGAGCGCCUCCGUGUGGAGCUGGGCAACGUGGUGGAACGGAGGGUGGGCGAGGAGCAGGAGCCAGCGGUACCACCCAUCGCUGCAGCUGCACCUGGAUCGAGACGGGAACCAGCGACGGCAACAGGAGGUGCGGCGUUAUCCGGAGUGGAGACAGUCGCAGCAGCUCCAGCAGCACCAACAGGCGCAGCAGGGCCCGGCGCCGGGUAUGGAGACGGUUCUAAUGGCAGCGGGGAGGAGGGGUUGGACUUGGUGGCGGCGGGAGCACCUGAGGGGCCGGGGCGUCGAGCUGCAGGCCUGCAGGGUGGGCCGCCGCAGCGCAGGCUUGGCGGUGCAGGUGGGGAUGAUGCCGGGAGCAGCGGCGCUCGCACAUUUGCGGUAGCGACGGCGGCGACGGCGGCGGCGAUAGGGCCGGCGCCAGGACUAGCACCUGCGGCCGACACGGUGGUUAGCUGGAUUCCGAAAGUCGUCCGCAGCAAUAACAGCGGCAGUGGGUCCACGAACCAACCAGCGACGCUACCACCUGCACUGCUACAGCUGCCGCUACAGGCUCCAGUGCACAUGAUGGCCCUGGGUCCAUGGAGCCUGCAGCAGAUUGCAGACGCCCGAGUGGAACUGCAACAACAACAGCAGCAACAGCCACAGCCACAGCCCAGGCGCACGCCCUGGUGGCCGCAGGGGCCACCGCCGCAGGUAGCCCAGUACGUGCCGCCGCACCAACCGCUGCCGCCGCCCCCGCCCCCGCAGCACCAGCAGCGCAUCUUUAUGGUGCACCUGCCGGGGACCCUGCUGCGGCCCCAGCUGGCCCCAGCACCAGCACCACCGCCUCUAGCGCUGCAGACUCACCGCCAAGCGAUGCUGCAGGAGAUGCUGCAGCCAGCUGCCCAACACCGCCCGCGGCAGCACCAGCACCAGCACCUACAGCCACAACACCAACCUCAGAAACCACACCAACCGCAGCAACUACAGCAACAGCAGCAACAGCAGCAACAGCAGCAACUACAGCAACAGCAGCAACAGCAGCAACAGCAGCAACAGCAGCAACAGCAGCAACAGCAGCAACAGCAGCAACAGCAGCAACAGCAGCAACAGCAGCAACAGCAGCAACAGCAGCAACAGCAGCAACAGCAGCAACAGCAGCAACAGCAGCAACAGCAGCAACAGCAGCAACAGCAGCAACAGCAGCAACAGCAGCAACAGCAGCAACAGCAGCAACAGCAGCAACAGCAGCAACAGCAGCAGCAACAGCAGCAACCGCAACAGCAGCAACCGCAACAGCAGCAACCGCACCAACAGCAACCGCACCAACAGCAACCGCACCAACAGCAACCGCACCAACAGCAAGAGCAGCAAGAGCAACAGCAACCACACCAGCGACAGCAGCAACCACACCAGCAACCACACCAGCAACAGCAGCAACCACACCAACCACACCAACCACAGCAACAGCAGCAACCACAGCAGCAACAGCAGCAACUUCCGCAGGAGCUACGUCUGGAGGGCUGUGAUGGGCUGCGCCAUGCGCGGCUUCGUCAUGGCCGCUUGGUCACCGCGAGCUUCCGGGGGUGUCGCGGUCUGCUGACUCUGCGGCUGUGCUGCCCCACGCUGGGGACGCUGGCUCUUGAGGAGUGCGGCGAACUGGAGAGCGUGGCGCUGUCGCCAGCGGGACUGAGCAGCCUGUCGCUGGGUGCUUGCUGCGCCCUCCGCGAAGCCGAGCUGUUAUGUCCCUCCCUAGAGCAGCUCAGUCUCAAGGGCUGCGGCAGCCUGCGCCACGCCAGCCUGCAUUGCCCCCGACUGAGGGAGCUGGAUGCCACCUUCUGCGGAGGUCUCACAGACGAGGCCCUGGCGACGGCGCUGGCCAGCCGUCCACCGUUGGCCUCGUUGGUGCUCAGCGUGUGCUGCUCGCUAGGCCAUGACAUGACGGCGCCGCUGUCCGUACUGGCGGGGCUGCGCCACCUGGACCUGUCGUACAGUAGCGUGUCGCGGCUGGCGCCCGUGCUGUCAGGCUGCACCGGCCUCACGGCGCUCUGCCUGGGCUCAUGUCCGGAGCUGGAUGCAGAGGGGGAGGAGCUGCUGCAGCUGCUGCCUGAGAGGGGCAAUGCGCUGCCGCACCUAUCCUCUCUCGACGUGUCGUACUGUCCGCUAUCUCCCCGCGUCGUCGUACCGCUGGUGAGGGGCCUCACGCACCUGACACACCUGGCCCUGAACGGCUGCCUGGGGGCUGAUGAAGGCAUCUGGCGCUGCGCAGUACUGGAGCCAGGCACAGCCGGCGGGCAGUCCCGUCAGAAGGGUGCACCUAGCGGGAACAUGGCCUCGACCGAGGACGAGAACAUGGCCGUGAACAACAAGGCUUUUCCGGUCCCCGCGGGGGCUUACACGACGGGCGCUGGUGCCAUGGUGGCCGCUGCAGCGGCCGCUGAGCCGCCACGCAGCGGCGAUGUCCCGGCAUCCCGGCUGGAAAAGCUGAGCCUCGUGCGCUGCACCUACCUGGCGUCUCUGUGCCUAGGGCUGGUGCCGGUGCAGGACGCGGCCCCCUGCCCCAAUCGUCAAGGAGGCCGUGGAGACGGAGGCAGUUGUCGUGGGGCAGAUCUGCGCGGUGGGGCAGCGAGCUCCGCUAGCGAGGCCUCAGGCAGUGGCGCGGUGCCUGGCAGCGGCGGGACCCGUAUCGGUGGGCCGGGUUGUGGCUGGCAGUGGCCGGAGGGUGGUCCGCCGCCGCGGUCGCUGCUGGGGCCGCCGUGGAGACCCGUGGGCUGUGUGCUGUCGGGGCUGCGGAGCCUGAGGCUUGGGCUGAGUGGCGUGCAGGCUGUGGCGCUGGCGCUGCCUCACCUGACCCAGCUGGACCUGAACGGCUGCAGCGGCCUCCGCUGCUUGGAGCUGCGCUGCCCCGCUCUCAGCGAGCUGCACCUGCAGGCCUGCUGCUCACUGCCAGCCGACCUUUGGCUGCCGCUGCUGGGGGCACUGGGCGGCACAGCUGCCGGUGGCCGCGGCCUGGCGCUGCUAGAUGCCCAACACGCGGGGGCGUUCGGAGAGGCUGUGGCGGCGACGCUGGCGGCAGCGGCGGUGAUGGCAGCCGCCGCCGAGGGCGACACGGAUCCGGGCCCGAGCUGCAGCAACGCCGCGCAGGCCGUUCCUGCGGGGCCGGUGCUGGCAGAGGCGGAUGAGACUGAAGGCGCCGGUACCCGUGGCGUCAUCAUCUGCAGCAAAGGGGGGAAAGGGGAGGAGCAGGGUACGCCUGUGAAGGGCGGCCUAGCGGGUGGCGGCACUGGUGGCAGAGGCAAGGCGGGUAGGAUGGUA